UCACCUGUUCCUCGGUCCAGCGCUGUAGUCUUCCCGCCCCAGCAUCUGUGACAGCCGGGUGCCCACUGCGCAUGUGCGAUAAGCGCUGCGCUUUGUCCGCAGUGUCUGGUCAUGCCCUGUACUGUCUGCAGUCUCUGGUCAUCCCCUGUAUUGUCUGCAGUCUCUGGUCAUCUCCUGUACAGUGUCCGCAGUCUCUGGUCCAUCUCCUGUACUAUGUCCGCAGUCUCUGGUCAUAUCCUGUACUGUGUCCACAGUGUCUGGUCACUUCCUGUACUAUGUCUGUAGUCCAUUGGUUCAGAAUAUUUUUUUUCUUGUUUUUCUCCUCU